AUGCUUCUCCCUUCAAACUUGACGACGUCAACAUUAAUGACGUCAUCAUCAGAAUCGUACGACGCUGAUAAUCCGGGGCUUCCGCCUGAGCCAAUCCUGUCGGAUUACGUGGAAAUGUUCACUUUGGUGCUCAAUUUUAUUGUUGGCGCGCCGUUGAACCUGGCCGCUUAUACACAGCUAAGCGAACGACCUACAUCAACGCGGUUAGACCUUCUGAAGCGAUCACUCAACUAUUCGGAUCUUCUCGUUCUAUUCAUCUACGUACCAUCUCGUGCCUGCUGGUUAUUGACCUACGAUUGGCGGGGUGGAGAUGCACUCUGUAAAAUUGUCAAGAUGUUUCAUACGUUCGCGUUUCAGAGCUCCUCCAACGUGAUCGUGUGCAUCGCCGUGGAUCGCCUGCUAUCCGUCCUCUCCCCAUCCCAUCACAGCCCCAACAAAGCCCUGAAACGGACUAAAAUGAUGUUAAUAGUCGCGUGGAUAGUAGCGCUAGUAAUCUCAUGCCCACAACUUUUCAUCUGGAAAGCAUAUCUAGCACUUCCCGAGUAUAAUUGGAGCCAGUGUCUGCAAAUUUGGGAGAUUGCACGGAUGGAAAAAUUCAACAAACCACAGGUAGUGCCAGAGUUUGACGCCGAGUUCUGGUACAGCAUACUGCAUAUUAGUCUCGUUUUUUGGAUCCCUUGUAUCAUUAUCAUGCUAUCCUACAUCAUAGUCAUCUCAUGGGUAUGGAUCAACUCUCGGCCGUCCAUCCGUCACACCUCUUCAUUUUCCUUCCACACCGGCUGCGAUACGGUAGAUACAGUACUGACUAGAGCCUCUGAAUGGAAUCCUUUGAAGACAUUCUCCCGUCACGUCAACAUCAAGGAGCCCGAGAAGCCGAUGACGACUCCCAGAAUCGUGGUCAGCGACGAGACGGAGGUCCCACUGACGCAGCGACCAUCGAUUUCUCCGUCGGAAGCGUCGGCGGUGAUGAGGACCGGUGUGCACACGAGUACCUCGUAUAAUGCUAAUUUGAAUCGAUCCCGAGCCCUGCGAGUUUCCUUGCUACUAGUCGUCGCGUACAUCAUCUGCUGGCUACCAUAUAACCUCAUAAGUCUUAUCCAAUUUCUUGAUCGGGACUUUUUUUCGUCAUAUCUUAAACAUGUCCACUUCUGCCAACAACUAAUCAUUUUUAACUCGGUCGUCAAUCCAUGGCUCUACGGUUUCUUCGGUCCCCGCCGCCCGUCUACCACCGGUGCCGGCCGUCACUGAUCUCCAAACAUCAAACAUCGAAUUCGCCAUAUCUUUCCAAAAUCCCCCCAACGUUCCAGUUUUCAAGCCCAACGAAUUGCCAAUGCCAUAUCUUUAACAACUUUUAUGGUUUCUUGUUUGUUUUUUUUUAUUUAUUUUAUUGUAAUGUUUGAUUCUCGGUGAAAAAUUUGUGUAAAAUAAAUUAUUUUUUAUGUGAAA